GUUACGGUUUUCAAUUCGUGACUGGAAUCGAGGUGUUUUCCUGCCGUCUAGUUCCUUUUCUUAUAAUGUGGAAGGAAACCGCCCGCCUGGAGAUUGAAAUUGAUGCCCUUGUAACCCCAAUGUGACUGAAGCAGCGAGGGAAGAGGUUUUUUUUGGGGGGGGGCAAACUGACGGAAAGCCAGCCCUGACCGAGUAUGAGAGGAAGAGAGGUGGUGAGGGGGGCGAACCUGACGCGGUGUAUUUCGUCCGCUGACUGAAAAGUGUCGCUUUAAUUUCUACGACUACAAAGUAACGGUGCGGAGAAAUGCACUUGCGAGUCGUAGACAUUGUUGUUUUUUUUUUUUCCCUUUCUUCGUCGGCUUGCUGAGUGAAUAGCUUGGAGAGAAGGGGGAGAGAGACGGUCAGUCUAAAUGCAGAAGGAGCUUGGCUGGGAAUUCAGCUCACGCUUAAAAUAGAAGGACAUGCAAGCGCUCACGGACGAUAGCCAUGGGCGUCCCAGCCUGUAAUAAGGUACAUGCCGAGGAGAUCUACCUCAUCUGUUCAUGAAAGUUAAGCCUCGGCUUGGCUUUAAAUUGUGGUUCGGACAUGCCACGUCUGUUGCUGUGGUGUGACCCUCAAGAGGCUCUGAGCUUUGUUUGCCCCGGAAGCGUGGCAUUGCUCCUGCUAGGCUAACAGACUGACUCAGACCCAGUUAGACCCAGUUAGAGUGCAAGGAAUCUUGAGAAGCAAAUGGUGAUGUAGCACGGUCGAUACCAUGUGAAAGAUGAGCUUCCUGAAGCCUACUCGGAACCUGCUGCUGGCCUUGUGUCCCAUGCUGGUCUUGGGAUUCCUCUACUACUCGUCAGGGAAGCUGCACCUGCGCGUGUGGAGCCAGAAACCACAGUUCCCGGGGGAUCCACACUCCGUGGGACGAAUUGUAGGCUCAGUGUAUGACAAGCAGGGGUUCUUGCUGAAGCUGGAUGGUAAACUUUCACCCGAGCUGACCUACAAGUAUGGGAAUCUCAGCGAGGGAGCCUGCAAGCCUGGGUACGCAGCCGCCAAGAUGACUGCCAUCUAUCCAAAGUUCACAAAACCGGCCCCCAUGUUUCUGGACCGGAACUUCAGGCGGCUGAGCAAAGUUAAUAACUACUUACCUCCAUUUGGGUUCAAAACGCAAGAAAAAAUUAUCGACGCUAUCUUGUCAGCAACGAAGCAUUAUGGGCUGGGUCCAGAGCUGGACAGUUUGAGCUGUAAAAGAUGCAUCAUUGUUGGGAACGGAGGGAUCCUUGCCAACAAGUCCCUGGGCUCCCGGAUCGAUGAGUACGACGUCGUUGUGAGGCUGAACGAGGCCCCCGUGGCUGGUUACAUGCGGGACGUGGGCUCCAAGACCACCCUCCGUAUCACCUACCCCGAGGGGGCCAUCCAGAAGCCGGAGCGCUACGAGAAGGACUCCCUCUUCGUGCUCUCUGCUUUCAAACCCCUGGACUUCAAGUGGCUCAGGCAGAUGGUCUUCAGAGAGAGGCUGGUAAGUGCCCUACAGCGGGCCUGACGGGGGCGGCAGGGU